AUGCGUCGUGAAUUUGUUUGUUUUGUUACCUGUUUAGUUACAGUUUCAGCUUUUGCUCAGGAUGAAAUCUUUGAAAUUGCAACGAACCGUCAAGAUUUGAAAUGGAAUUUAUUCAACGUUUUCGUUACUAUAGCGGGCGCUAUUGUCGCUUGUUUCCCCUUUUCCAGUUUAAUGGGGUUGGGGAUUCCUGUUUGCAUUAUGAGUACUUUAGCAGCGCUAUCGACACUUACGUGUCUAACUUUGAAAAUGUAUGACGGUUUGAUUGCGGAUCCCUGUUCAAAUCCGCAACUUGUCCAGUUUUUCCGAGAUGUUGGGAUCGAAGCAGACUUCUGCAAAGCCCAAAAUAUGACCGGUGUGUCUAUUCUGCAGGUUGACAGUUGGAGAUCGUCAUCCACAGGUAAAUCAUUUGCUGACAUGAACUUGAAAGUGGACUUGACGACAAGCAUAGUCCAAAAUUCAAAUGGAGAGGAAAGAACUGCUUUUUGUUUUAAUUAUUCUACCAGGGAAAUUGGUAGUGCAAACUUUUUGAGCAAUGAUUACCAUCAGAUCUGUAUGACGAAAUUCGCCGCGCAUCGUCUUGCAGAAAAUCCGAGACGCGUAAUGCCCAGACAAGCGCUUUUCAAUGCUUAUGCUACUAUAAAUCGCAAAUUGGGCGGUAAAAAGUACCCACAAGUUGAAAGCUUCAUACAAAACCUGUACUCAAUUUUCGGAGGAUAUACAGAGGAACUAGUCUCGAAGCUGAGCACACUCGCCCAAAACUUGGAAGACGAAAAAUGGCAAGAGGUUGUCAUAACUGACCAAAUCGAUGGCGUUGAAGAGCUAAUAAUAAGGAUCCGCACGACUUCGAGCAUAAUCAAAAAUGAAAAUAUGAAAACCAACUUUUUGAACAGCACCUGCCUGUAG